AUGUCGGCCACACCAAGCCGACAGCAGUCAGCGCUAUCUCAGUCCUAUCCACAAUCAGCACAAUCACGUAGACGAAACACCCACACCUCAAUUUCAGAAUCCACACCCCUGCCAGCAUAUGAGCCUCCCGAGGCCCCUCUCACAGCAGAAAGCCAGCGCAAAAUUGCUGCUCUCCUCGCAUCACAACACUUCAAACUCCUCCGCACCCACCUCCAACACGCCGCCGAGAAACUCACACACUCAGGCGGUGAAGUGAACGAGCGUCUCAGCGAUGCCCGGAUCCGGUACGAGAAAUCAAAAGAAACGCGCCGGCGUCAAGGCGAAGAUGUCGACGACGACGACGAAAGCAAUGAGGAGUACCAGCAGCUUGCUGAGGCAGAGGCUCGAGUCGAGGCUAUCACCUCGCGAAUGGAGGAGAAGACACGCCAAGUUGUCGAUUCAGAGAUGAAACUCCAGGGUUUGACUGAUGCGAUGGGUCAAAUUGAAAGGGAGGAGGGUGAGAAUGUUGCUGCUGCUUUGGGAGUCAGACAGACCCGUCAACAGCGCGCAAGACAGAGAGCCAAUAAUGCCGAGGAUGCCGAUGGGACUGAGGAUCCCGCCGAUGUUGAUUACGAAGAUGAGCAGGAGAAAGAGAUGCGCGAGCGCAAUGCACAGAAUCCUCCUAGUCGCAAGCUGGUCGAUAAGUUGACUGAGGGCGCUCAGAAAUGGGAUGAACUUUCUUUGACAGAAAAAUACGCCGGCAAUAACUCCUACAUCGGCUUCUACCGCAUGGUUCACGACUCCAAGUUCCCCGGCGACGACGUCCCGCCACUGCCGCACUCAUCUACAUGGUUCGAGCAUAUGGAAGAUACGAAUACGCGAUCAGGGGCACCGGCACGCACGCGCAACCAGAACCGAGGCCCCCCGCCCACCGAAUCGGACGAUGACAUCGCCAUUGAGCGCGAGCGUAUCUCCCUCAAAUGUCCAUUGACUCUCACAUCUUACCAGGAUCCUGUCACGAGCACCAAGUGUCCUCACAGCUUCGAGCGCGAGGCUAUUAUGGAUAUGAUCAAUCGCAGCCAGACGACUAUUGCACCCCCGGCCUCUCGUCGGGGCCAGCGCCGCGUGCAUGUGGUUAAAUGUCCUGUUUGUUCUACUCCGUUGACUGCAGAUGAUUUCCGACCAGACCCUGUUCUACUACGUCGUGUUCGUCGUGCGCAAGAGCUCCAGCAGCGCGAAGAUGAGGAUGAUCACCUUGAAGGGGAUGGCAGAAAGCAGAAGGAUCGCAGUACCGGUAUUACCUUGGGUAGUGACGGGGAAAGUGAUGAUGAUGCGAUGGAUGUUGAUGCCCAUCCUGCUUCACAGCAUAUCAAAGCGGAGCCGCUUAGUCAGGCUGUUACGACAGCUCAAUCUGAUGAUGAAGAGGGCGAUGAUGCGGAGAGUCAAGAUGCUGAAGCCGAGGAAGCUGAAGCUGAGGAUGCUGAGGUUGAGGAUGCGGGGAAUGCGGAAGGGGAGAGUGAAGAGAGGGAGACCGUUGAUGAGGAUGAGGAAGAGGAAGAGGAGGAUGAGGAAGAAGAAGAAGAAGAAGAAGAAGAAGAAGAAGAGGAAGACCAGAAGGAAGAAGUGGAGGAUGAAGAGACGGAAAGUGAUGAGACGGAUAAUGAAGUGGGGACUGAAAAGGGUAAGAUCGACAAACUGUAUAACGAAGUGGAGAAUGAAGUGGAGACUGAACAAGGGCAGAACGAAGAGAUGGACACCGACGAACCGGAAAAUGAAGAAGAGCUGAACGAAGAAGUGGAAAUCGAUAAGGGGGAUACUGAGGAAGUGCCUACCGAGGAAAGUCAGAAGGAAGAAGCGCAGCAAGAGGAGACACACAGUGAAUUGGAGGAGGAUGUGAAAGAUGGAGACAAGAACGGGGAGACUGAAACUGUGGAUUCUCGAAAUGAUGUGCAACAAGCAGAUGGACAGAGCCAGGAAAGUCAAAAUGAAACUCUGGAUUCUCCAAAGGAUGUUCACCAAGCCGACACCCAGAAUGAGGAAGGUCAAACUGAAGCUCUAGAUUCUCCGAAGGAUGUGCAACAAGCCGACGCGCAGAAUGAGGAAAUUCAAGAUGAAUCUGUGGAUUCUUCCUCUGAUGUACAGAGCGAGGAAUGGCAGAAUGAAGCUGCGGAUUCUCCUGCUGAUGCAAAGAGCGAGGAAGAGCAGAAUGACGCCGUCGAUUCUCCGAUAGACGCUCACCAAGCGGAUGCCCAGAGUGAGAAAAGUCAGGAAGAAACUCUAGAUUCUCCGAAGGAUGUGCAGAGCGAGGAAUGGCAAGAUGAAGCUAUCGAUUCUCCAACAGACGUUCACCAAGCGGAUACCCAGAGUGAGCAAGGUCAGACGGAAGCUCUAGAUUCUCCGAAGGAUGUGCAGACCGAGGAAAGUCAAGAUGAAGCUGUGGAUUCUCCGAAGGAUGUGGAACAAGCGGAGGUGCAGAGUGAUGAAGGCCAGAGCGGGGCAAGUCAGGAUGAGACUCUAGAUUCUCCAAAGGAUCCAUCCCAGGCGAAUGUGCAGAGCGAGGAAAUUGGGAAUGAAACUCUAGAAUCUCCGAAGGAUUCGCCAGUGGACGCGGAGAGCGAUGAAGGCCACGAUGAAACUCUAGAUUCCCCGGAUGCGCACCAAGCGGAUGUGUCCAGCGAAAAAGACCAGACUGAAGUUGUGGAUUCCUCGAAGGAUGCGCAUCAGGCGGAUCUCCAGAGCGACGAAAGUCAAAAUGUGGCUGUCAAAUCUCCCCAGGUGCCACAAGACGUACCGAGUGAGAAAGGUCAGGACGAAGCUCUAGACUCUCAGGAUGCUCCCCAAGAUGGACAAAGCGACGAAGGUCAGAAUGUGGCUGUCAAAUUUCCCCAGAAAGGUCAGAAUAAAGACGACAGUGACAGCGGCAGUGACAGCGACAGUGAGGAUAGCGAUAGUGAUAUUGAGCCCAAAGUCGAGAGUGGGUCCGAAGAAGGAAUGGAUAGUGAUUGA